CAAAGUGCCCACUUCGUUUCUUCAGAAGUUCAAUAAUUCAAUGAAGGUGGAGAGUAAUAUGGGCGACGCGGCGACCGGCGGCCGUGGCAGCGGCACCAGCGAAUGCUGCAUCAGCCGGCUCCUCAGUGUGGUGGAGAGCGAGCUGCAGGCCGGCCGGGAGAAAGGGGACCCCACGGAGAAGCAGCUUAAGGUCAGCCUGGAGGAGGCUGAGCUUUGGAAGAAAUUCAUGGAUGCCACUAAUGAAAUGAUUGUCACUAAGAACGGCAGGAGGAUGUUCCCGGUCCUGAAGGUCAGCGUGUCCGGCCUGGACCCCAAUGCCAUGUAUUCCAUCCUGCUCGACUUCGCCCCCGCCGACACCCACCGCUGGAAGUAUGUGAACGGAGAGUGGGUCCCUGCAGGCAAGCCGGAGCCACACAGUCACAGCUGCGUCUACAUCCACCCCGACUCUCCCAACUUUGGAGCUCACUGGAUGAAAGCGCCUGUCUCCUUCAGCAAGGUCAAGCUGACCAACAAGCUGAAUGGAGGAGGACAGAUCAUGCUCAACUCCUUGCAUAAGUAUGAGCCCCAGAUCCACAUUGUCAGAGUCGGAGGAAACCACCGAAUGGUCACCAACAUCUCCUUCGCAGACACGCAGUUCAUUGCUGUCACCGCCUACCAGAACGAGGAGAUCACUGCCUUGAAGAUUAAGUACAAUCCAUUCGCCAAGGCGUUCUUGGACGCCAAGGAGCGGAACCACCCCAAAAACCUGGCAGAGGCUCCAGCGGAGGGCCAGCAUGUUGGACUGUCUCACCUAGGUGGCUGGCUGAUCUCCAACGCCGACGGUCUCUGCUCCCCCAGCAGUGCUAACUACCCCUACAGCGGGGCUCUGCCACUUGCCGCACCCCAUGGGUAUGAGCGCUACCCCCCGCUGCGGGGGCAUCGGCCUACCCCUUACCCAUCCUCCUACAUUCACCAUCGAAACCAUGGCUCAGUGUCCCUGUCAGAGGCCAGUCCUGGAGGCUUGCAGGUGUUUCCCGGACAUGACAACUGGACCCCCCUGUCUCCAUCAGCCCACCACAGCAUGCUGCCAGUCUCUGCCACACCCUCCACACCCGGAAGUAGCAGCCAGUAUCCGUGCCUGUGGACAGUGAGCAGCUGCAAUGUCAACCCUGGGCCAGUAGGAGGCAGUGUAAGCUGCUCCCAAGGUCAGGGGCUGCAUGCGGACCGGAGUCCCGCCUCCUCUUCACCAGGCUCUCUGCUGCAGGGUCACGCCCAAUUAGGCACAGAAACGGUGGUGGAGCAGCACGGUCACAUUCGGCUGGGUGGGGCUGGGUGGGCCACAGUCUCCGCCCAUUCCUUUUGAAGGACAUGAGUGGAUAUCUCAG